AUGCUUUCUGCUAAGAAUAUUCUUUCUCAAAUUGCUCGUUCAUCUAACCAGAGCCGCCUCCAGAGUACCUUGGUCAUUGCCGAACAUGAUGAGAGCAAUCUUGCUGCUAUCACCUUGAACGCAAUCACUGCUGCUGGAAAACUCGGACCUGAUGUCUCCGUACUUGUUACUGGAGCCAAUGCUAAGACGAUUGCUGAACAAGCUUCCAAGGUCAAUGGAGUUAAGAGAGUCCUUGUAGCUCAGAAUGAACAGCUCAAGAAUAACCUUCCAGAACGAGUUGCACCAAUUGUUCAUGCUUCUCAAAACCAAUUCAAGUUCAACAACAUCGUUGCCGGUGCGUCCGCUUUCGGACGAGGAAUUAUCCCUCGUGUUGCUGCUAAACUAGGAGCUUCCCCCAUUAGUGAUGUUACUGAGGUUCAUUCCGCUGAUACCUUCACUCGUACCCAAUAUGCUGGAAACGCCGUCGUGAAGGUACAGAGUUCUGCUCCCGUAAAAUGCAUUACCUUCCGCGGAACAGCAUUUGAAGCUGCUGCUGAAGGAGGAAGUGCAGCUAGCGAGGAUGCCCCCUCCGCUGAUGUCAAAACUGAUAUCUCCGAAUUCUUAGGACAAGAGCUCAGCAAAUCUGAGAGACCAGAUUUGGCUACUGCCAAAAUUGUUGUCUCCGGUGGCCGUGGAUUGAAGAGUGGAGAUAAUUUCAAAUUGAUCUACGAUCUUGCCGAUAAACUUGGAGCUGGUGUAGGUGCUUCCCGAGCUGCUGUUGAUGCUGGAUAUUGUCCAAAUGAUAUGCAAGUUGGACAAACCGGAAAGAUUGUUGCUCCAGAGCUCUACAUUGCUGUUGGUAUUUCUGGAGCCAUCCAACAUUUGGCUGGAAUGAAGGACAGCAAAGUCAUCGUCGCCAUCAACAAAGAUGCUGAUGCACCAAUUUUCCAAGUUGCUGAUUACGGACUUAAGGCUGAUCUAUUCAAAGCUGUACCUGAGAUGACUGCUGCUCUUCCAUAA